AUGACAGAUGAGGAACGGCAUCGAAGACAUCUUAGCGCCUCGAAUGUGUCUCAGGUUUAUAUAGGUGGAGUUGAAUCUGUGCUUCACGUGUUUAGAGACUGUCCAGCUCAAUUGGGGAUUUGGGUCAGAUUUGUGCCGCGAAGGAGGCAGCAGGGGUUCUUUUCGAAAUCUCUGUUUGAAUGGCUCUAUGAUAACUUGUGUGAUAGGAGUAGCUGUGAGGAUAUACCGUGGUCCACCAUUUUUGCGGUGAUAAUAUGGUGGGGGUGGAAGUGGAGAUGCAGUAAUAUAUUUGGGGAGAACACGAAAUGCAGGGACCGUGUGAAAUUUGUUAAAGAGUGGGUUGUGGAAGUGUAUAGAGCACAUUUGGGUAACGCUUUGGUUGGAAGUACGCAACCUAGAGUUGAACGGCUGAUUGGUUGGGUGCUUCCAUGUGUGGGUUGGGUGAAAGUAAACACAGAUGGGGCGUCUCGUGGAAAUCCGGGGCUGGCUUCUGCAGGCGGAGUACUACGGGAUUGUGAAGGAGCUUGGUGUGGUGGCUUUUCUCUAAAUAUAGGCCGAUGCUCAGCUCAACAUGCAGAGCUAUGGGGAGUGUAUUACGGAUUGUAUUUCGCAUGGGAGAAGAAGGUGCCUCGAGUGGAGUUGGAGGUGGAUUCAGAGGCGAUAGUGGGUUUCCUCAAAACAGGGAUUAGUGACUCUCAUCCGCUGUCAUUCCUGGUGCGGUUGUGCCACAACUUUCUACAGAAAGACUGGAGGAUACUCUUGGGUCUACUCAACUAA